GCCAUAUUCGUAGGAUAUUAUCUCUCUGUUGUAUUUAUUUGAACUGGACGACGAGUGCUUGUCUAUUGCCUCUUUCGUAUUUUCUAUUUUUAUUUUACCUCAACAGUAUACAGUAGGCUAUUAUUUAUCCACUAUUCAGCGAAGGAGAGGUUAAAGAAAAAAAGGCCAUGAGAUUAUUUAAUUAGUAGGCCGACUAUUAUAUUGAAAAUACGGUACUUGUGUGUGUUUUAGUAGGCCUACAGAUUCACUCAAAUGUGGAGAAAGAAACUCUAAAAAAUAACUUAUCUGCUGACAGGCAGAUUUAUAAAUUAUUUUCAUCAUGGCUUCAGGAUUUAGUGGUGUUUUACAGUUAACUGAUCUGGACGAUUUCAUCACUCCCUCUCAGGAAUGUAUAAAACCAAUCAAGAUAGACAAGAAGAAAACAGGGACUGGAGCAAAGAUCAAAAUUGAUGAUGAUGGUUCCUACAUGCAGAUCAAAGAGGAUGGUUACGCCCAGCGGCUACAGAGAGUGGAUAUUUUCGCUGACUGACUGUCUGGCCUGCAGUGGCUGUAUUACGUCAGCCGAGAGUGUCCUGGUUACCCAGCAGUCACAAGAUGAAAUGCUGCGAGUUUUCAAUGAGAACAAACGGCUCAAACAGGAAGGGAGUAGUGAGGCGAAACUGAUAGUGGUAUCAGUCUCUAUACAACCUGUACUCUCCCUCGCUGCGUCUUACAACC